UUUUCCUUUGCUGUGUAACUCAAGAUUCACUAAAUUGUUUAUGCCACUGAAAAUUCAAUUUUUUAUGCAAAUAAAUAUCAAAUAAUAAUAAGGAAAAUGCUUCGGAGAGCGAGGCCAUUGCUGUGUGCGAUCCGCGCUCAACGUAAUAAUGUGUAUUGUUUACGCAAUAUCCAGACAUCACCUGCGCCACAAGAGGGGAUUGUGAUCAGUGAGAGCUGCGUCCAAAAAUUAAAACAGCUUUGUGAUGAUGAGAAGAGCUUCUUAAGGGUGUGCGUAGAAAGCGGAGGUUGCUCGGGAUUCCAGUACAAAUUUGAGGUCGACACUAAACUUCAAGAUGAUGACAGAGUUUUCGAGAAAGAUGGAGUUAAGGUAGUAAUAGAUGAUACUUCACUUGAAUACAUCAAGGGAUCCACAAUUGACUAUCACACUGAACUAAUUCGAGCAGCAUUUAGAGUGGUUCAGAAUCCUAAUGCUGAUUUGGGCUGCUCAUGCGGGGCAAGUUUUUCAAUCAAAAUCGACUAAAGGCAAACCUAAAAAAAAUGAAUGGAAGAGCAUGUUAAUUUGUUAUUAAUCAAACAAGCAUUGAAAGAAAAAAACUUGUCAACAGCUCUUGAACCUUGUAUUGAAAGACCCCACUAUACUGGGGAAAAUAACACUUAAAAAUAAAGCUAUGAAUCAAGUCCUCAAACCAACAAAUGUCCAUAAGGUUCUGUACACAAGCAAAUAUACUUAUAUAUAUUUUUUACCACUGGAUAAAAAGCCCGUCUGCUUUUGAUUGCUGAAAAUAAAAGCAAUCGCUCCUUUGUGGAUGUAAUGCCCCUAUGACGGAUUUGGCUGCAUUGGCUGACCUUACUUGUACUUGGUACAUUUAAUUCGUCUUCAAAGAUUGUCCCAAUUUGGUUUACUAGUAUUUUUCUAUGUUAUUUUCCUGGAUAAUUAUGCCAAAAAGAAUCUUCAAUAUGUCUCUUAUUCUCUGUUUGUCUCCAGUCUGUUGAAGCAAUGCAAUUCAUGCACUCUUCUAUUUAAGGCGCUUCGCGCAGUUUUUGGCCAAAAACUGUUACUUUUUAGAGCUUAUAACUUCUAAAUGAGUCAACCAAAAAUUAUCAAAAAAAUAUAUAUGCAUCUUCACUCUAUGGACAACAAUCGCAACAUUUGACUUUUUUCCUGAAAUUUGUAGUUUCACCGAAAAAAAAAUAACACGACAGGCCGUUUUGCGGCUAACUUUGCUUAUAACUUCUAAACGGCUUAAUCGAUUAAAAUUAUUUUUAAACUAACAAAAAUGUUUUAACAGGUUCUACAAAUGCAACAUAGCUUUUCUUAAUCAAAAAAUAUUUUCUUAAGAAAUCGAACGUUUUUCCACAUUUCAUGCGUAUGCAGCCUGAAAAUGGCGUGGCCGGCAGUCGUGUGCCAGCUUUGAGACGAGGAGGCUGUGUCGCUCCGUGCCUUCCUUGCACUAUGUUCGCUUAUGCACAAGCAAAGUGCUAUAAUAUCGGAGUUAUUGUGGCCAAAGAAUAAAUAACUGCAGAGCGCUGAUUUGGUUGCGACGCGCAUUAGCGAGCGCAACACGGUAUUUUGCGGUCUAUUACAAUGAAUGUAAUGAUAAUAUCCGUAUAUAUUAUACUAUAAUAUACGUAUGUUUGAGAAAACUUCAUUUGAAAUAAAUAAAUAAAUGUUUUCUAACCGACAUAUUAUAAUGUUAACCACUAAAAAAAUAAAUGACUGCAAAGCGCUGAUUUGGUUGUGGCGCGCUUGUAAUAAAAACCGGCCAAGUGCGAGUCGGAGUCGCGUUCCAAGGGUUCCGUACAUUACUCAAAUUAAACAAUUAAUUUUUUAUGUGAAACUUGCGUGAAAUGUCUUUAAUAAACCCGUAGGGGUUGGACCAAAAAGUAAAUUAUUAAGUCCGACUCACGCUUGACUGCUCAUUUCUAAUAAGUUUUCCUGUGAUCUAUAGGUAAAGAUCUAUUAUGUGGAUUUUUUUCAAAAUUUUAUACCCAGUAGUUUCGGAGAUAAAGGGAGAUAAAAUGCUCAUUUUUUGCCUAUUUUCGUGAAUAACUUCUAAACAAUUUAAAAGUGCUUGUUGCUAGGCCUAUUUGAAUAAAGAAUAUAUUUAAUUGAAUUGAAUUGACUGUUUAUCCUAAAAUUAUAAAAAAUAUACAUUUGAGAUUCUCACAAUGAGCUCUUUCAUUUGAUAUGUAACACGAUAUAGUUUGAAAAACUUUUUUUUUUAUUUUCUCUUUUACCCCCCAAAAGUGGCCCCCGUGUUUAAAAUUAAUUUGUUUACGUUACAUGUCCGUCUUUGGGUCACAAACUUACAUAUAUACACCAAAUUUCAACUUAAUUGGUUCAGUCGUUUCCGAGAAAAUAGGCUGUGACAGACGGACAGACAGACAGACGCACGAGUGAUCCUAUAAGGGUUCCGUUUUUUCCUUUUGAGGUACGGAACCCUAAUAAUGAUGAUAUUCCCACGUAAUGAUUGAGAAAACUUCGAACUUCGAAAAAUAACAAAUUUGUAGUAGUAUAUGAAGCUAGUAGGUACUUUAAUUUUAUAAGUUAACUAUUAAUGGCAUUAUUUAUAUUUAUUUAUUACGGAUAAAAAAAAACUGUAUAAAAUAAACGCACUGUACGCCUCAAUUUAGUACAUAUCAAGCUUUAGCUAUAAAUCUUAAUCCGUCGAUUUGACUUAGGUAUUUAUUUGUAAGAAACAGAUAAAACACAAAUUAACUAACUGAGGCUUGUAAAGUAUAAUGCAUAAGGGAAUAUAUUUUUAUUAUAAUUUACGACCUCCCACUACACGCAUGAUCUACUCAUACUCAAACAACAAAAUAUCUGCAAAAGAUACACAAAUACGAGGUAUAGCGCCAAAUGCCGCGCGCCUCUGGGCUGUAGGUUAUUCUUUGAACCUCAUUCCGCCGCAGUCGCCGCACCGAGACGAAAUUCACGUACGAUCGCAGUGAGCGGGGUGCGGGUACAGAGACGCUGAGACGCUCAAGG